UGUUGGUCUCUACCCUCGCCGUGGCCGGGGCUGGCGCCGGGAGCGCGGGGUUGGCAUAGCCGACAUCGCAAUGCUGGGGACCCUGGUGUGGAGGAGGACAGCGCCGGCACCGGGGCUCCUCCUGCGGCUCCUCCGGGCCCGGCAGCCCAGCUCCUGCGAGGCCUCUUCGGGCCAGAGUAGGGCCGCCGGGGACCGCGGGGAGACGCAGUAUCUGAGAGCGGCCGCUGGGGGGCGGUCCUUGACGCAGCCGCAGUAUGUCGGAGCGGUCUCCUGGGGGAGCCGGGACAGGCAGCCACAGCGCCUCGGGUCGGCCACGUGGGGGCGUCUUCCCGGCCCUGAAGAAAGCCCCUCGUCGGGCCGGUGGAGCGGAGUCCAGAACGCAGCCGGACUAGGCGUGUGGGCCUUGGCGUCUGCACUGGUUGCUCAUUGCUACAGCAAGAGCCCCGCCAAUAAGGAAGCUGCCCUGCUGGAAGCAGCCAGGACCAACAAUGUCCAAGAAGUCAGCAGGCUCUUGUCCGAAGGUGCCAAUGUGAAUGCCAGGCACAAGCUGGGUUGGACAGCCCUCAUGGUGGCAGCGAUCAGCAGAAACUAUAGUGUCGUGCAAGUCCUGCUGGCAGCAGGGGCUGAUCCCAACCUAGGAGAUGAAUUUAGCAGCGUCUACAAGACCGCCAAGGAGCAAGGUGUGCAUUCGCUAGAAGUCCUCGUGACCCGAGAAGAUGACUUCAACAAUCGACUGAACAACCGGGCCAGCUUCAAGGGAUGUACAGCUUUACAUUAUGCUGCCCUUGCUGAUGACUACCGCACCGUAAAGGAACUACUGGAUGGAGGAGCCAGCCCCCUGCAGUGUAAUGAAAUGGGUCACACGCCAGUGGACUAUGCCCGCGAUGGUGAGGUCAUGAAGCUCCUGAAGGCCUCCGAGACCAAGUACCAGGAGAAGCAACGAAAGCGUGAGGCUGAGGAACGUCGCCGCUUCCCUCUCGAGCAACGGCUGAAGGAGCACAUCAUUGGCCAGGAGAGCGCCAUUGCCACAGUGGGAGCAGCCAUCCGGAGGAAGGAGAAUGGCUGGUACGACGAAGAACACCCUCUUGUCUUCCUUUUCUUGGGAUCAUCAGGGAUAGGGAAAACAGAGCUGGCCAAACAGACAGCCAAGUACAUGCACAAGGACGGCAAGAAGGGCUUCAUUCGGCUGGACAUGUCUGAGUUCCAGGAGAGACACGAGGUGGCCAAGUUCAUCGGCUCCCCGCCGGGCUACAUCGGCCAUGAGGAAGGGGGCCAGCUGACCAAAAAGCUGAAGCAGUGCCCCAAUGCUGUGGUGCUCUUCGACGAGGUGGACAAAGCCCAUCCGGACGUCCUCACCAUCAUGCUGCAGCUGUUUGAUGAGGGCCGCCUAACAGAUGGGAAAGGGAAGACCAUCGACUGCAAGGACGCCAUCUUCAUCAUGACAUCCAACGUGGCCAGUGAGGAGAUCGCCCAGCAUGCCUUGCAGCUGCGCCAAGAAGCCCUGGAGCUUAGCCGAAAUAGGCUCGCUGAGAAUCUGGGGGAUGUCCAGCUGAGCGACAAGAUCACCAUUUCCAAAAACUUCAAGGAGAAUGUGAUUCGACCAAUCCUGAAGGCUCACUUCCGGAGGGAUGAGUUUCUGGGCCGGAUAAAUGAGAUUGUCUAUUUCCUUCCCUUCUGUCACUCGGAGCUUAUCCAACUGGUCAACAAGGAGCUGACAUUCUGGGCAAAAAGAGCCAAGCAGAGGCACGAUAUCACGCUGCUUUGGGACCGAGAGGUGGCAGACGUAUUGGUAGACGGUUACAAUGUUCAUUAUGGCGCCCGUUCCAUCCGACAUGAGGUGGAGCGCCGAGUUGUGAACCAGCUGGCUGCUGCAUAUGAGCAGGACCUGCUUCCAGGGGGCUGCACCCUGAGAAUCACAGUGGAAGAUUCAGACAAGCAGCUCCUAAAGACACCUGAGCAUCCCUCACCACAGCCAGAGAAGCGACCACCCAAGCUUCGGCUGGAGAUUGUGGACAAAGAUAGCAAGAGCCGCAAGUUGGACAUCCGGGCACCCCUCCAUCCCGAGAAAGUUUCCUAUACACUCUAGUGCUGGGGACCAGCCUGGCCCCGACCCCUCUCCUCAGCAAGGCUGUACCGCGCCCCAGAAAACAAUAAAGUCCGGUCGGAUGUGGCUUCUGAGACUAGUCCCCCUGACCUCAGGAGGGCCGGAGCCCAGCUAAGGCCUCAUGGCACCCAGCCCCCAAGAGAUAGUAAGGCGGGGUAGAGAAGAUGCUACCACUGGAAAUCUCCUUCCUGUCCUCUCAGGUCCAGGGUAGGGACAGUUUAUUUGCACCCUUUGUGGACUCUGGAUUUAUUUAUUUUGAUUCUUUAUCUAGUACAUCCCCAGCCGGGUCCCAGCCAGUCUGAUCCCCCCAUUCUCAUAGAGCCACCCAAGGGAAGGCCCCAACUGCUCUCUUCCCCUGCAGCCUUCAUUUAGGGCUCUGAGGGACAAGAGAGAAGAUUGAGAGGUAUCCCAGCUUAUGCCCACUCCUGCUUUUCCUUCCCCAUCCACCGCUGAGGCCAGCCAUACAGGCAAAUAGAGGCCCCACUCCUGGCUGUUAGUUAUGUGUGUGCAACCAGUGCUGGAGCCUAAGCUUCGUGGGGCCCCAGCCAGAGGGGACCGGGCACGGGGCAGAUAAGAAGGUGAUCCCCACACUACCUAAAGGCCUUCAGAGGGUUGUCUUGGGCUCUUCCUGGAUGUGGGGAAAAACAAAGCUGCAAAAUCAACCCCGCUAGCCUGGCCAGUUGUCCAGAAGAAGAGCUCUUAAGUGGUGCCUUCCACAGAGCUGUUCCUGGCACCAGUGCCAGAGAAAGGGCUCAGUGCCAGCCCAGUACCCUGGGUACGAGAGGACCAGGAUGUACACCUUAUCAUCCCCCAUCCCUGGGACACCUCAGGGCUCCUGCACUAUAAAUGAGAGACAAUGUGGACAGGUGGAGGGCAGGAAAGCAAGGAGGGGAGUCUGUAAGGGACCUGGGAGACUCGAUGGGUGGGAGUGGGUGGUGAGGAAAGAGCAAGGGACCAGAGAGAUUGCGUUCCAAGUGUGGUUUGAGUGUGAGGAGAGAAUCAGUGAGGGAUGGGGGGGGGGGUGCUCAGGCAGCUGGCGAGGGCAGAUGGAUUCAGGGGCUGCCUGGGACGGGUCUCAUUUGCCCUUGUCUGCUCUUGACCACAUUGGGUCUUCCUAAAAUAAACCUGUUCCUGAUGUA